AUGGAAUCACCAAAUGAAAUGAGUGUAUCCCGAAUCUGGGUCAUGGCUGGUGAUGAUAGUGAUCUUAAUACCAUUGGAGCUGGAUGGACAGGCGAUGCCUACGAACACAUUUACAUCAACAUGGAGUGUCCUGGUUUUGUCCAAACAUCCCCGGGUAUUGCCAUUGGUUGUAGUUUUACAGAAAUGUCCACUUUCAAUGGCGACCAGAAGGAUGCUACUUUCAGCAUACACAAGGAUCCCAAUAGUGGAAAUUGGUGGGUACAACUACAAGAUAUUUCCUUAGGAUAUUAUCGAAGUUCCCUAUUCACCCUAUUAUCAAAGACAUCAGAUCGUGUAGAAUUCGGUGGAGAAGUCUACAAUGGGAGGUAUAAUGGAAGACAUACGACAACUCAGAUGGGUAAUGGUCAUUUUCCUUCAGAAGGAGGUCUUGGAAUAUCCAGUUCUUUAGUCAUGUUCAAGUAG